AUGACGCCCAUAACUGGAUUCUCGAUUCUCGUGGGUUUCGUUGCUCAGAGAGCGUUUGCUGCCCCUUGGGAGGCACCUUUUCAUCAGUCCACUCCUAACAUACACUCGGUUGGUCGCGUGGGCUCUCAGUUUAAAUCCUAUCACCCUGAGCCCGUUUUCGAGACCUAUGGCGUUGAAGGAGUUGUUCAUCCGCUUGCGAAACGUGAUCUAACCAGCACCAAUGAAGAGGCUGCCAAAGCAUUCCUCGAGGAAAAGCUCGGAGUUAAACCCGAGGAGCUAUCUCACAAGUCCGGUCACUCCUCGACUAGCGCUGGAAACGAGUAUUUCAAGCAGACCAUCAAUAACAUUACCAUCGCUAAUGCCGUCGCUAAUGUUGCUCUGAAGGGCAAAAAGGUGGUCUCAUUCGGUGCCAGCUUCAUCAAGCCUAAAAACGUUGCAGCUCCCGUCCCGAAAUUGACCAAGGAAGAUGCGAUUGCCAAAGCGGAAGCGACCGUUGGUGGCAAGUACAACACCGCGCCCGUUUCCGUCGAAUAUUUUGCCAAGGAAUCAGGAGAUGUCUCACUCACCCACGUAGUGCAAAUUCAAAACAAUGAUACUGAUGAAUGGUACGAAGUCUUUGUCGACGCCAACUCGGGAGAGAUAGUGAACGUUAUAUCCUUCGUGGCUCAUGCCAAGUAUCGAGUUAUUCCUUUCGCUCUUCAGGAUCCGAAUGAUGGUUUCCAAACCUUGACUGAUCCUCAGGACUCCAUUGCGUCCCCAGAUGGCUGGCACCGAUAUCGCCUUAAUUUCUCAAAUACUACUGUCAUUACAAACGCCACUUCGGGAAACAAUGCUCACGUAUUCAAGUCUUCGGUAACCGAUGGCUUAACGGGACAAAGCUCUGCUCCUGAUGUAUACGAAUAUACUUUUGACCCGUCCAAGGAACCCGCCGGUAAUAAGGACGCCGCAUCCGUUAACAUAUUUUACCUUACCAACAUGAUGCACGACCUACUCUAUCACUAUGGCUUUACCGAAUCUUCAUACAAUUUCCAGUACUAUAAUUAUGGAAAAGGCGGGUCUGGGAAUGACCCAGUAUACGUGUCCGUUCAGGAUGGCGGAAAAACAAACUUCAACAACGCCAACUUUGCAACUCCCCCCGACGGCGCAAAUGCUAUGAUGAGGCUCUAUCUUUGGAAUAAAACCACACCAUUCCGUGAUGGUGCCUUUGAAAAUGACGUCGUUAUCCAUGAAUAUACUCAUGGUCUCACCAGUCGCAUGACCGGCGGCGGAACUGCACGUUGCCUGUCAACAGACGAGUCGCGUGGUCUAGGAGAGGGCUGGUCGGACGCCCUCGCCGACUGGGUUAGACAGACAAGCGCACAAAGUGUUGCGCAGGAUUUUACAAUGGGCGAGUACGUCUACCUCAAGAGCAUCCGUGACUAUCCAUACUCUACCAGCCUGACGACCAACCCCCUUACCUAUGGCUCACUCCAAACUCGGACUGAGGUUCAUGCCGCUGGCGAAGUUUGGGCCAACAUAUGGCAUGAGAUUUAUGCUGCGCUCGUGGCCAAGCUUGGAUUCUCUACCGAUAAGAAGAAUAUCAGCAGCACCACGGGUAACAUAGUAGCUCUUCAUCUUCUCGUCGAUGCGCUUGCGAUUCAGCCUUGCAACCCAACCUUUAUUUCUGCCCGCGAUGCUGUCAUUCAAGCCGAUGCUAAUCGUUAUGGUGGUGCCAAUAAGUGCACACUCUGGACCGCAUUCGCGAAGCGGGGUCUCGGGUUUGGUGCAACGACGACCAAGGUUGAUAGCAAGACUCUUCCAAGCGGCUGCUAG